AUGCGUUUUUCUGCGUACGAAGACCGUAUGGUCAAGCCAGCUUUGGCCUUCAGACGUUUCCUCGAUCGAGGCCCCAAAAUCACCAACAUCUACUUUAUUGCUUGUAUUUCGUGUAUUUCAGGCUUGAUGUUUGGCUUUGACAUUUCGUCCAUGUCUGCGUUCUUGGGCCAGAAGGCCUACCUUCGUUUCUUUGACCAUCCGGGCUCUGACAUGCAAGGUUUCAUUACUGCUUCCAUGUCUUUGGGUUCGUUUUUUGGCGCCAUGACCACUUCGUUUAUUUCAGAACCUUUUGGUCGUAGGGCCUCGUUGAUGAUAUGUUCCUUGUUGUGGAUGAUUGGUGCUGCCAUUCAGUCUUCUUCUCAGAACAGAGCUCAAUUGAUUAUUGGGCGUUUUAUUUCAGGUGCUGGCAUUGGCUUUGGUUCUUCCGUGGCGCCUGUUUACGGUUCGGAAUUGUCGCCUAGAAAGGUCAGAGGGUUUAUUGGCGGUAUGUUCCAGACCAGUGUGACUUUGGGUAUUUUGGUGAUGUUCUAUAUUUGCUUUGGCUGCUCACACAUUGACGGCGUGGCGUCUUUCAGAAUUGCUUGGGCUAUUCAAAUCGUGCCAGGCUUGAUUUUGUUCUUUGGCUUGUUCUUCAUUCCAGAGUCUCCAAGAUGGCUUGCUAAACAAGGCUACUGGGACGACGCAGAGCAGAUUGUCGCCGAUAUCAACGCCAGAGGUAACCGUGAAGACCCAGACGUGAUGAUUGAAAUCUCUGAAAUCAAGGACCAGUUGAUUGUGGAGGAAAACGUCAAGGGAUUCACGUUCGCUAACUUGUUCUCGAAGAAGUACCUCCCCAGAACGUUUGUUGCUGUGUUUGCCCAGAUCUGGCAGCAAAUGACCGGUAUGAACGUUAUGAUGUACUAUAUCGUUUAUGUGUUUGAGAUGGCAGGUAUUUCUGGUAACACUAACUUGAUUUCCUCGUCCAUCCAGUAUGUGCUUAACUUUGGAUGCACUGUGGUGGCCUUGUUCUUGAUGGAUAAGAUCGGAAGAAGGCCUUUGUUGCUUGGAGGCGCCGCCAUGAUGGCUACGUGGCAAUUUGCCGUUGCUGGUAUUUUGGGAGACUACUCGGUUCCAUAUCCAGACUCAGGUUCGGAAUCUGUCACCAUUCGUAUCCCAGACGACCAGAAACUGGCUGCAAACGGUGUCAUUGCGUCGUGCUACCUCUUUGUCUGCUCCUUUGCCGUUUCCUGGGGUGUGGUUAUUUGGGUUUACUGUUCUGAAAUGUGGGGAGACUCUGUCUCCAGACAAAGAGGAGCUGCUUUGGCUACGGCUUCGAACUGGAUCUUUAACUUUGCCAUUGCCAUGUUCACGCCUCCCUCUUUUGCCAACAUCAGCUGGAGAACAUACAUUAUCUACGCUUCGUGCUGCGUGGCCAUGUUCUUCCAUGUGUUCUUCUUCUUCCCAGAAACCAAGGGUAAGCGUUUGGAAGAAAUCGACCAGAUCUGGACCGAAAAGAUUCCAGCCUGGAAGAGUGCCUCGUACGUCCCCAGAGUGCCUAUUUUGCCAGGCGAAAUCGACGACAAGGCAGCCACAGAGCAUGCCGAAGACGCUGGAUACCGCCAUUCCUCUUCUGCCUCUGAACCAGAGAAGGACGCCAGUAUGGCCGUCUAA